AUGAUUAAUGAAUAAACUAUAUAAGAUAUGGUACCAUACAAAUGGCCCGAAGAUUAGGAUGAUCGACUUCAAUUUAGUAUGGAUCUUAAAAUGGAAUUUGAAAAUUUCAUUAUUUCAUGCCCUAAACUCAAGAAUUAAGUAUUAUAGACUAUGUAGAAAAUUUCAGAAGAAGCCCCCUAUUUGGAUUUAAUAGAGUUAUUCACAAUUGAUAAGGAGAAAACUCAUAAGUUAUACAAGGUUCUCUCCUCUCUACACCUAAAAAACAAUACCUUGAUUGAUUUCAAAUAACCAGUUUCAAAUAAAACUCUUUAAAAAUUGAUAUCAGACUCCUAUAGGCUGUUUAAUCGAAGCAUCUUAGACUACCAAUGUCAACUCAUAUCUUAUGCUAAGUACUACAAAACCUCUGUCUCUAUCUUCAAGAAAUCCAUCAAUCAAACAUAUAUCGACUACAACACUUUAAAUUUUGUUUGUUCUUGUGCCACUAAAUAAUGUCCUACUUUAACUAGACUAUGGAAAGAUUAUGAUGAUGCUGCUGAAAAAUAUAAGAAAUUAGUAGUGUCCCUUUAGAAAUUGGAGCUAAUGCAAAAACCUGACGAUCUUACUCACUAUUUCAAUCGACAAUAACUCAUACUUAUAUAUACGCUCUUUAGUCUAAUGUAAUGUGAGCAAACUAUAGCUAUCCAAUUAGGUGAGGAGUAUUUACCUUUUCAAUGCUCACCUAUUGAUCCUCACUUCGAAGAGUAAACUGAAGAUUUCACUUGGAAUAUAAAUGGAUUUUCUUAAAUCAGAGAUUAUUUUCCUAAAUUGGCACAUAAACUAAAUAAAAAAAUGAAACAUCUAAAAGACCUUCCAUUAUUCACUAUUCAAGAGCGAAUUAAAAUCUAUUAGUAUACUUAGCAUUAAUUAGGAUAUAAAAAAAUUGAUGAUAUUCAUGUUGAUGUAAAUUUAUAACAAAAAAUUAUUGAUAUCCUAAAUUAUAGAUAAGCUAACUGUGAAAUAGAAUUGGUUCUCCUGGUUGCAAAUGCAAAGUGUUAUACAUAAAUACUUUAUUCAUUGAUUUGA